AUGUACUCACGAUUAUAUGGCGCAAACCCAGACAACAAUCCAGCAUUAGCAACCACAAUUGCGGCAGCGAAGAAAGCAGGCGUGCCAAAGAACACUCUGGAGCAAGCCAUUGCGCGCGGACAAGGCCGGUCGACCACGGGUGCCAGUCUGGAGAGUAUCACCUUCGAGGUCAUGAUGCCCCCCUCAGUGGCGCUGAUGCUGGACGUUGAAACGGACAAUAGGCUUCGUUCGCUACAGGACCUUAACCAGAUUGUCAAGAAGCACAAAGGUAGGACAGCAUCCACGGAGUUCUUCUUUUCCAGGCUUGGGCGUGUCGUCUUUGAGAAGAAAGACGGCGUGGGAAUAGACGAGAUCAUGGAUGAGGCAAUUGAGGCCGGAGCUGAGGACCUGGAAGCAGACGACGAAGGCAACAUCAUGGUGUGGACGCAGCCGAGCCAGACCAUGCAGAUAGCGCAGAGCGUGGGAAAGCGUUUCGAUUUGAAGGUGCUAAAUUCUGAGAUCAUAUGGUCUGCGAACGAGGGAACACAAGCGCAAAUCGACUCAAUGGACGAUCUGAAGAAAUUGGCCGACCUCGUCGCCGCUCUGCAGGAUUUUCCAGACGUGCAGGCCGUAUACUCCAAUGCCUCGCGAGGGAAUGUGCCCGAAGAAGAAUGGGCUAAGUUGGAGGACAAUCUGGACAUGUAA